UUGUAAAAUUAUUUCAACCAUAUUUUAUUGCACUGAUUUAUAUCUGAUUGCUCCACCUACUUGUUUAAAAGUCCCAAAUUUUAAGUUUGUGUCUAGUAAAUGUGCAGUUUUGAUGUGAAAACUUGCUGUUGAUCUUUAAAUUUUAAUUUCUUAAUCUGAGAGAAAAAAAACAUGUUGUUUAUCAGACUACUGGCAGUAUUCCUCAUCCUCAUCACAAACACGUGGUUGCUUUUCCCGGUUCGCUCCGAUGCCCUCAACCGAUACAAGCGCUCUUUGGCCCGGCGGGCGGACACUGAGCUCUCCCGGCUAGCAGGUGAACCCUGCACCGUCUCCGGCGUCUCGCUGUCCCGACGCCAGCCAAGCUUUUCGGGUCAACACCGCCCUCCAGCGGCCAGCCCGAGGACUGCAACGAGUCGGAGAGCGGCGUACAGCGUCGCGAGCGCUCCAGAGGGCUGCGCCGGUGGGUGUCGGUUUGACGCUCCGGAGGAGAAGGGAAACUGGGGGGACGGAGAAAGCGGGGCGGUCAAAAAGGGGGGUGAAAAGUUUAUCAAGCGGCUCUACGAGAAGGACUCCGGAACCCGCGCGAGACCCUCAAACCAAAAAGAGCGGGGCGAGAGGCGCGAGCCCGCAGAGUUAGCAGGGCGCGCGCGCUCCAGGUUCGCCCGCAGCCUCGCGGGGAGGCUUCGCUCCGCCGGCGACGGAGGCAACUCCAGCUCGAGGAAAGUUUCCCUCCACGGCGGUGUCCUCCAGCGGGGAGAUGAAGACACGCAGUCCUCGAAUGACACCCAGCAGGAGGAGGCGGCGGAGGACUACUCCGGGGAGGUGGAGGAGGCGGACGCAGACAGCUGGGGAAACCCCGUGCCCACUGUCCCCCCGUCCUGGAUGACAGCUCUGUACUUCAACAGGCGGCAGGAGCAUCUCCAGGUCAAGCUGCGCCGGGGAGCUGACCUCCCGAAGGCGCAGUUCAGCCUGGAGCUGUGGGUGAAGCCGGAGGGCGGCCAGAGUAACCCGGCAGUCAUAGCAGGCGUCUUUGACAACUGUUCACAUUCACUCAACGAGAAGGGUUGGUCAGUUGGCAUUCGGACCAUGGAACCUGACGGCAACAAAGACGCCCGCUUUUACUUUACCCUUCGUACAGACCGAGCUGUGAAGUCCACCACUGUCUUUAGCCACCAGCGGUACAGGACGAAUGACUGGACUCACCUCAUGGCUACUUACAAUGGACACAACAUCACCUUGUAUGUUGAUGGUGCCAAGGUUGGAGAAAGUAGUCUUCAGUCAGGCGAUCUCUACAGUGACUUUAUGAAAACCUGCAGAACCUUGUUUCUUGGUAGUAAACCUUCUGAUCAAGGACACAGCUUCAGGGGCUACAUCGGAGGUGUGAUCUUGUGGGGUUACGCCCGCACCCAUGAGGAACUCCUGAAACGACCACUUCAGAUUGACCUGAAUGAGCCAGUGCUGGCCAUGUGGGCUGAUCUUACAAAUGUCAAACGACUUUGGACUCCAUAUAAAGUGGGCCUUCAUCCAAGUGUGGUUUCGACUCCUGUUCCUGAACAAGAGCUUGUGUCUUCCUUCCUGCCUCCACCUUGUGGCAUGACUCAGUGCGACAAUAUAGACAUCAUCUCCGGCUACAAUAACCACUGGCAGCUCCGUGCCCCCAAAAGAGUCCGCUACCGUGUUGUCAACCUCGCUAACGACGACGGCGGAAACCCAACGGUGAACCCCUUGCAGAUUCUGGUCCAGCAUCAGGCUCUGAACGAAGCCUUCCGGCCUUACAACAUCUCCUUGGAUCUGACCGUGCACACCGUGAAAAACACCAGCCUCCGGCGGCGCUUCAUCCUCAGCAACUGUCGAAUUGGAAAGAUCGGGAACCGCCAGUGCGAUCCCGAGUGUGACCAUCCAAGGACGGGUCACGAUGGAGGGGACUGCCACAGGGUGGGGCCCUGCUACAACUGGAGGAGGCAGGAUGGAGUUUGUGACAUGGAGUGCAACAGCAUUUAUUACGACUACGAUGAUGGAGACUGCUGUGAUCCAGAGAUCACAGAUGUCCUUAAGACCUGCUUUGAUCCGGAAUCUCCUGACAGAGCUUACAUGAGUGUGAAAGAGCUUAAAGAGGAAUUGAACCUGAGUGGGACGGACACGCUGAAUGUUUUCUUUGCCAGCAACUCAGUACGAGAAGAGCUGGCAGGAGCUGCAACAUGGCCUUGGGCAAAGGAGGCUUUAACCCAUCAAGGUGGUAUGGUCCUGAAUCCUUCCUAUUUUGGCACAAUGGGCCACCACAACACAAUGAUCCAUGAGAUGGGACACAUUUUUGGCUUGUACCAUGUUUUCAAAGGCGUGAGUGAGCGGGACUCAUGUGAUGAUCCAUGUCAGGAGACUACUCCUUCCAUGGAGACUGGAGAUCUGUGUGCUGACACUGCUCCAACUACUAAAUCUAAAGCCUGCCAUGACCCUGGAGCUGUCAAUGACUCGUGUGGAAUCAACACCUACAAAGACACCCCAUACAACAAUUACAUGAGCUACACAGAUGACAACUGCACCAACCACUUCACUCCAAAUCAAGUCGCCAGGAUGCACUGUUACCUUGACUUGGUAUACCAGAAGUGGCUGACAGAGCACCGGCCUUCCCCCAUCCCUGUCGCUCCAAUCGUGACCGACCAAAACGCCAAUUCUGUCUCCAUGUACUGGCUUCCACCUGUAAGAGGGCCGCUGUAUCAAAGCUCCUCAUUCCAUGAAUCUGGCAUCAGUUGUGGAGACUGUGAAAAAGAUGGCGUCUUCCACCAGUACGCCUACGAAGCGUCCUCGCCUCGCAUCUGUGAUACGUCCGGCUACUGGACCCCCGAGGAGGCGACUGGUCCACCUGAUGUGGAGCAGCCCUGUGAGCCCAGUUUGCAGGCCUGGAGUCCUGAGCUUAGUCUGUAUGAUACUAACUUGACGUCGUCGUGCCCUGACACAGAGGGCUGCACGCUCACUCUGAGAUUUCUGCAUCUCAUCGUUCCACAUGCACUCACGCUCUGGGUCACCUACAUCUCAUCUAACAACCCAGCCAUUGCCAACAUUGAGCUGAUUACAGAGACCGGAGAAAGCAUCAACCUCGGACCCCAACACGUCUUCUGCGACGUGCCCCUCACCAUGCGCCUCAACACCCACAAUGUUGCCAUAGAGGCCAUUAAACUCAGCACCUUCGAUGAGAAAAUGGAGAUCGAUGCAGUCAUGCUGUCUUCAGGCCCUGGGAGCCCUCUUUGCUCUGGUUGCCAGCCUCUGCUGUAUCGCGUACAGCGCCAGCCGCCUUUCACCAGCAAAUUCCAUUCACCUCAAACUCAGCAAACGUUCACAGACAGCUCUGUUAUACCUGGAGUCAAGUACAAGUAUGCAGUCCAGGUGGAAGCAGAAGGUCUCCUCAGUGAACCCUCGCCUCCUCUCAUAUACACUCACAGGCAGCCCUACUGUGGAGACGGGCGAGUCCAGGGGACGGAGGAGUGUGACGACAGCAACCUCUUAGAUGGUGAUGGGUGCACUAGGAAGUGCCAAAAGGAGCCAGGGUUUAACUGUAACGGUGAGCCCAGCCAGUGUUACAUCUUUGACGGCGAUGGUGUUUGUGAGGAGUUUGAGCAGGGCUCCAGCAUUCAGGACUGUGGCUUCUUCACACCUUUGGGGUACCUAGAUCAGUGGGCCACCGCUGCCAGCGCUUCUCACCAGGAUCCCAACCACUGCCCUGCCAGUGCAGUCACAGGAGAGCCAUCACUUACCAAGCUGUGCAGAUAUCAGCACCUGGAAGUGAGUGAGAGAUUGCCCCCGGAUACCUGGUUCCCAUGCACGGCUCAGUCCGACUCAAAUAAUGGCCUGGAACAUUCAUUUUGGCUGAAGGUUGGGUUUGCUCAUCCUGGAGUAGCAGCCUCUGUGAUGGUACACUUGGCUUCAGAUGGGUUAUUGCCAGGAGAGCAGUGCCGACCCACAGUCACCGUCCUCCUGUCUGAUGUUAAUGGCAAGAAUCACUCUCUAGGAACUCACGAAGUCUCAUGCCUUCGAAACCCUCUGGUGGUGAACGUGACGCACGACCUGACUCAACCCUUCUUCCUCACGUCUUCUGUCAUCCUCCUCUUUUCGUCUCCCUCUGUGGCUGUGAGAGGGGUGGCUCUGAGGACCUCCUGCCACUUCAGCACCUUCGCCCUGACCGGCUGUUUGCGGCAGCCAUGCCAACUGGAUACCUGCAGUCCUCCACAGAUAAAGCAUGCCUCUGUCAGGUGUACCGGAGGAGGGGAGGCUUCUCACUGCUCUGUUCAAUGUCACCAUGGUUACAGCAUCACUGUGCUCAAUAGAAAGGGGAACUCAUCCCACCAGAGAACGACAGAGCUGGAGUGUUUUCAUGGAUCGUGGGAUCGUAUGGUGACCUGUCAGCCAGUAGACUGUGGCUUCCCUGAUCAGUCUCAUGUCUACCACGCUAUAUUCAGCUGUCCUUGGGGAACAACUUUUGGCAAACAAUGUUCCUUCACCUGUGGGCCGCCUGCCAUUCUUCAAGGCGACAAUGACAGGUUGGUGUGUAUGGAAGACGGGCUGUGGUCUUUCCCAGAGGCCUACUGCAAGAUAGAGUGUCCAGAGGCUCCGAACAUACCCAACACCAAACUUCUUGCUAUGAACUGUCUGGCGUCAGGGCACAACGUUGGCUCCCUUUGCCACUACAGAUGCAAACCAGGCUUCUAUGUAUUAGGGAGCCUGAAAGAUGAGACACCAAGGAAGUUUUUCAAGCUGGAAUGCCUGGAGGGAGGCCAGUGGGAGGAAAACGGCUGCGAGCCGAUAUCCUGCCCGGCCCUGCCUGACGUAUUCCAGGGCAUGUACAGUUGCACCAAUGCCCUUUACUACAACACCCUCUGCACCCUGCAGUGCCCGGACGUCACAGAAAACACUGAAAUUCGCUGUAGUAAGGACGGUGAGUGGACGGCAGAGUUUACCAUGUGCUCCACACUCUGGGGGUCCUGUUCUGCACCGCCUGAUCUCAAUUCUGUGGAGUACAGCUGUGACCAGGGGAUGGAUAUCGGCGCGACGUGCUACCCAACAUGCAUUAUUGCUCAGGAUGUGGAUUUGUAUGACCCGGUAGUCCUGCCCAAUGGCACCACAGCUAACACUUUGAAAUAUUGGAUGCUGCCGACCAUAGUCCAGAGCAUAGUUUGCACCGGGAAGCUGAAGUGGUAUCCCAACCCUCACAACAUCCACUGCAUCCAGUCUUGUGAGCCUUUCGGAGGGGACGGCUGGUGCGACACCAACAACAACAGGGCGUACUGCCAGUAUGAUGGAGGGGACUGCUGUCCGUCCACACUCUCCACCAAGGAGGUCAUUCCGUUUGGGGUGGACUGCAGCGAGGAUGAGUGCGCUUGCCGUGAUCCAGAAGCAAAGGAGAACAAGAGCAAACUCUCCGACGGGAAGGGCGGAGCUUCAGCAGGAUCGCACUAAAACGCAGCGUGUGUUAAACGUAGUAUCAAACUGCACAAAAUAUACACGACAAACAAUAAAUGUUAACAUUUUGGAAUACAAAUUCAACUAAACCUAAACUUUGUACAAUCAAAUGUCAUUUCUAUUCUAUUGUAAGAUAUUUUUACUGUUAGAAUGUAUCAAAUAUGAGUCUUAAUGGUGUAAAACUUUGAUUUCUGCAUUCAGUCUAGCAACACAACACCCGCACACGGACAGAGCUUAGGUGCUGCUAAGUCGGAAAACGUUCCGCAGAUGAGAGCCAAACUGACUGCAGCUCCCUUUCCUCGGAAAUCCCGUCACAAUAACUCGAAUCACUAAAGCAGAAGCACUCAAGUACUUUUAUAGACCAGGUUUGUCGGGGGAGGAGCAGAAAACUGGGUGCCCCUCCCCCGACAAAUCCACUCUAUGCUUCUCAUAGGGUAGAUUUGUCGGUGGAGGGGCAGAAAACUAUGUGCACCUGCAAACUGUUCUCACACUGAAGACGACGGAGCAGAUGUUAAGAGCAGAGCCCCCCCUUCCAAUGAAUGUGACAGCAUUUUUCCAAAACCGCCUUCUAGCUUUGAAACGCCAACGUACCAAAGACAACCCCCACCAAGCCCAAAACAUUCAUCGUUUUCAAAGAGACGUCACUGUUGAAAAUGUAGGAGAACACAUCUGUAAAAACUAACAUAUAUAGAUAAUAUAUUUGGAUCAUCUAACAUAUAUUCUGCAGUAUCUACAAGUUAAAUAUGUUAUUUCUCUCACUGAAAAACAAGCACUGGGCUUUUCAGAUGAACUGUGUUUUCCUCAGAAUAAAAUCUAAAUUAUUAUUAGUGAUGAAAUCUAAGAUGAACUUUUAAUCAACUCAUGCCAAAGGUUAAGUCCCCUCGUAUGUUUGAACCAAAAUUGUGUGCAGAAAAGUUGAGACUUAAGAGUCCAAUAGCCAGAAAAAAAGAAGUACCCCCCACACCUAUCCAUGACUGUAUAGCAUUUAAAGAAGGUAUUAUCCUGUUCUAUGUGAUAUCUUACUGUUCUUUAUAUUACAUGAAAUAAAUAUGUACUUUAUAUAGAA